GGCAGACGCGCCGCGAUGGUGGGCCGCGACAGCCGCUCGGAGAGCGCGGCGCGCCCCUGGGCGCCGCGGCAUGAGUAGCGCGCCCGCCCGGCCCGGCCCGCGCGCCCGCCAUGGCGCAGGCCGCGCCCGCGCCCCAUCGCACCCACUCCUUCGCGAGGAAGACCUUCCACAAGCCCACGUACUGCCACCACUGCUCCGACCUGCUGUGGGGCCUCAUCGGGCAGGGCUACGGCUGCGAAGUGUGCAACUUCAUAGUGCACGAGCGAUGCGUGGGACAAGUGGUGACGCCGUGCUGCGGGGUGGCGCCGAGCCUCAUCAAGAACCCAGUGGCUCACUGUUGGUCAGAGCCCGCACACCACAAGAGGAAAUUCUGUACGGUGUGUCGCAAGAGGCUCGAUGAACUGCCAGCCUUACACUGUAUGAUCUGUGAAUACUACGUCCACGGAGAAUGUGUGGACUUCGCAGCGGCGGACUGCAAGGAGAACGCGACAUACUGCGCGGGCAGCGAGCCGCGGCACGUGCAUCACUGGCGCGAGGGCAACCUGCCCGCCAGCUCCAAGUGUGCCGCCUGCCGCCGCGCCUGCUACUCCGCCGAGUGUCUGACCGGCUACCGCUGCGAGUGGUGCGGCAGCACGUGUCACGCUGGUUGCCGCGCCCUCAUCCCGGAGGAAUGCAACUUCGGCAUGUUGCAGCCGAUCUUCCUGCCUCCGUCGGCGGUAUCCAUCCCGCGGACGGAGGUGCCCAUGGAAGCCAUCAUCGGCGUCCACGUGAGACCUCCGCCAUCUCAACGAGACUUCGGCUGCCCGCGGGAGGAGCCCGGCGGUGGCUGGGCCGGCGCGCGGCUGGUGACGCUGGCGCGGCGGCUGCUGCCGGCGGCCUGCAGCCCGCACGGCGGCGCCUCCCCACCCUACUCCAGAGCUCGAAGCGUCAGCGAAGAGUUCAGCUCGGGCUGCGAGGGCCGCUCGGGCUCCGGCGGCGGCUCCACCGGCGCGCCCGCCGACCAGGACCACCGGCCUGACCACAAGCAGCACAGGGACCGCACCCCUGACGAUAGGGACGAAGAAGUGGUGAAGGUGUACGACGGGGAUGCGGCGUGGUCGCGGCGCCUCUACCGGCCCGUGGUGGUGGGCCGGAAUUGGAACGAGAGGGAACUGGUGUCCGCCGCCUUACGGGCGUUCCACGUGGCGCGGGAGCCGGAACAGUUCGAACUGACGGACGCGCUGGCGGGCGACGAGCCGCCGCUCAAGGACCCCACGCCACUCGCCAGGGUCACGCGGCUGCCUAACAAGAGGCCUGCGCUGUUUCUGCGUUUCAAGGAGCCAGAAACAGGGGGCGGCGAGGUGCGAGUGUACCCUGGCCGGGUGGCGGGGGCCGGCGAGACUUUCGUGACAGUCUCCUGUUGCGGAGACGACGCCGUCUCCAACCUCAUGGCCUCGGCGCUCGAGCGCUUCGGCCUGGACCCCACGCGCGCGAUCCACGACUACCGGUGUUCGGAGAUACUGCUAGACCGCGGUGCAGUAUCCGAGCGCGUGCUAGAAGAGGAAGAGCGACCGUGGCGCAUCGUGGUCCGGCUUGCGCGGGAGUCUGUGCGGCGCAUGGAGCUAGCGCGGUUCUACCUCCAGCCGCGACGGGACCCGCACGGGCCCACCCUCGCCCUAUUCGUAGCGUCCCUCCCCCCAGGGCUCUCGGAGAGGAACUACGAGAAUAUAUUAGUCGAGUUCCUCGGUGCCGAGAACAAAUUCACCUCCAUCGGGCCGAUCUACUACGAAUACGGGUCGAUGGUGAUCACGUACGAGGACGCCAGCAAGGCGGUCCGCGCGCUCUACGCGCUUCGAGAGGCCAAAUAUGAAGAUAAGCAUUUAUUAGUGAUGUUACUACCCAGCAUCGAGCCUUCAAUGGUGCCGGCGGGCGUGAAGCCCUUACUCGUCUUUGUCAACGUCAAGUCCGGCGGCUGCCAGGGGCUCGAGCUCAUCUCCUCCUUCAGGAAACUCCUCAACCCCUACCAGGUGUUCGACCUCGAGAACGGAGGGCCUUUACCUGGGUUAUACGUGUUUCGUCACAUUCCUAACUACAAAAUCUUGGUGUGCGGCGGGGACGGCACCAUCGGCUGGGUGCUGCAGUGCCUGGACAACGUGGGCCAGGACUCGCAGUGCUCCAACCCGCCCUGCGCUAUCGUCCCUCUCGGCACAGGUAACGAUUUAGCACGUGUGUUACGAUGGGGCUCAGGCUACACAGGCUGCGAGGAUCCGUUGUCUCUGCUGCGUGACGUCAUCGACGCGGAGGAGAUCCGCCUGGACCGCUGGACAGUCGUCUUCCACCCCGAGGACAAGCAGGACGAGCCCAAGGAGCUGUCUAAACAGCUGCCAGGGUCGCAGAGCGAGGACAACUCGCAGAUCCUGGUGAUGAACAACUACUUCGGCAUUGGCAUCGACGCAGACCUAUGUCUCGACUUCCACAACGCGAGAGAGGAGAAUCCUAACAAGUUUAAUAGCAGGUUACGUAAUAAGGGCGUGUACGUAAAGAUGGGUCUGCGAAAAAUGGUGGGUCGGAAAAUGUGCAAGGACCUGCACAAGGCGGUCAAGCUGGAGGUGGACGGAAAGCCGGUCGAGCUGCCGGCUGUAGAGGGCAUCAUCAUUUUAAAUAUACUCAGCUGGGGCUCGGGCGCAAACCCCUGGGGCCCGGAGAAGGACGACCAGUUCAACAAGCCCAACCACUGGGACGGCAUGCUGGAGGUGGUGGGCGUCAACGGCGUCGUGCACCUCGGGCAGAUCCAGUCCGGGCUGCGCGGCGCCAUGCGGAUAGCACAGGGCGGCCACAUCAAGAUCAACCUGAAGAGCGAGAUCCCCGUGCAGGUGGACGGGGAGCCGUGGGUGGCGGCGCCCAGCGAGGUGGUGGUCCUGAAGUCUGCCCUCAAGGCGACCAUGCUGAAGAAAACCAAGCGCGGGAGCGCGGGCGGCUCCCAGGCGGCGGGCCCGUGACGCCCCCCGCCGCCCCCGCCGCUCACCCCCGCCGCCGCGCAGGCCACCAUGCUGAAGAAGCGCGGCAAGGUGCGGCGCCGCGAUACGGAGCCGAGCCUGCCGCCGCCGCCGCCGCCGCCGCCGCCGCCGCCCGACUCCUGAAUCUGGCUCAGCGAGCGCCUCAUCUAGCGCCCGCGCGGGCCUCGGGCUCAAGGCCCCCGCGCGCGUCCGCGCUCGCUGACAAACAACAAUAUUAUCAACAGUCAUCGUAGUGUAGCCGUUUCCCAUCAUAUUACUAUGUAUACAUACUUAUAUUAUGUACAUACAUUAUUAACAAAAUAACAUAUAUAAAAUAAAUUUAUAGUCAUUAGUUGUUGUUUUAUUUUUAGUCAUAUGAUUUGAAAAUGUGUAAAAUAAAUAUUGAGUCUGUA